AUGGCGAACAAAGUGCUCAUGACCUUCGUGGUCGCCGACAUCGUCUUCGUCAUCACCGGCGCUCUGCUUCUGGGUUUCACCCUCAUCAACCAGAACCUCAUCAAGGAGGCGCCAACGGAAGGAACCGAGGCUGUUAUGCGCUUGCUCACAGCUCAAUUCCCACUGACAGCCGGUAUUGCCAAUGCCGUCUUCAUCUUCGUUACCUUCCUCUCCACCAUCCCCGGCAUGAUCACGCCGACUCGUGGCUGGCUCAAGAUCUCGGGCUACCUGACCACCUUCUGCGGUCUCUUCAGUCUGAUUCUUGGUGUUUACCUCUGGGUUCUUACUCUCACCACCAAGAACGACUUUGGCAAGACGUGGAACGUCCAGGACCCUCGUGUUCAGGAGCUCAUGCAGACUGCUUUUAAAUGCUGCGGAUACUUCAACAGCACUUCGCCCGCCUUCGUCACCGACGCUCAGUGCCCGAGUCCCGCCGCCGCCGCCCUGCAACGCGGCUGCGCAACCCCGAUCACGAGUUUCGCCAACAUCUUCGUCGACAACAUCUUCACUGCCGUCUUCGGUAUGGUCGGUAUCGACGCCAUGCUCAUUGUCACCAUCGCCAUGCUGCUCAAGGAUCGCAAGGAGCGCGAACGUUACCGCCACAUUGACGAGAAGGCUGGGGCAAAAAAAGCCGCUGGCUCGAGUUGGCGCCAAUUUUUGUCUUCUCUCUCUCGCUCGGGAAGCCAGCCUCUUCUCGAGAACUCCUUUUCUCUCGAACGUGCGGCAAAUCUGGAGCGAGCAACUGUUCGUGGUCUCCUUUCUCCUGGACCGGGGAAAAGACUGAAUCGCCUCACCCCCGCCGCGGCCAUUGAUUGGUCUUAA